UUUAAACUAAUUAAUUGGCAGCCAUCAAUGACCCCAAUUCCCACUUUAAUAAUACCAAAAUACAUAGACUCAAAAGUUAAGAGUAACACCCAGUGAAAACCCAUCUGGGUUUCUUCAUUUUCAUCGUGUUAUAUCCAAAGUUCUUGAAAGAAUCCCAAUUUCAUGCAUUCUUUGAUAUCAAUUUGCAAAACCCAGAAGCGAAAGCUUGAAAUCUCACAAAAGGGUCAAGUUCUUGCACAUGAAAGGGGAAAGAUUUUGAAGAUUGUUGCAUAGUUUUUUCUUCAAGCUUGAUAAAAAUGGAGGCGGAUGAAGGGAAAUCGUUGGUGGAAACACCAACAUGGGCUGUUGCUAGUGUCGUAUCUGUCAUGGUUCUUGUUGGAUUCUUCAUGAAUGCAGCUCUUCGACACAUUGAGAAGUGGUUGUAUAGAACAAAGAGGAAAGCUCUUUUUGCUGCUCUAGAAAAGAUUAAAGAAGAAUUAAUGCUCUUUGCGAUUCUGUCAUUGCUGAUGGGUCAUUGGAUCGUCUAUAUUUCAAAGAUUUGUGUUAAAUCGUCAGCAAUUAGCAGCCGAUUUUAUCCAUGUUCCAUUGAUAAAAGCUUCAUAGUUACAGAGGCAGUUGAUGAUCGAAUAUCUUUCAAUAAUCAUUCUAAUUACUCUGUUUCCAGACAGCUUUUGAGCCAUACACACACCCAAAUCUGCCCAGAGGGUAGUUCAUCUUUUGCUUCAAAAGAAAGCCUUGAACAACUUCAUCGAUUCCUAUUUGCUUUGGGUGUAACACAUGUAACUUACAGCUUCGUUGCAAUUGCACUCGCCAUGAUCAAGAUCUACAGCUGGAGAAUUUGGGAAAACCAAGCCAAAUCCAUGGCUCAACCUCCACCACAAGGAAUGAGAAGAUUAUCUACUUUUAUUUAUCGCAACACUGCUCAUCCAUGGAGUCAACACAAUAUCCUCGUUUGGCUGCUUUGUUUCAGCAGACAGAUUUGGAGUUCUAUAAAUAGAACCGAUUACUUAGCUUUGAGAUUAGGAUUCAUAACAACUCAUAACCUACCAUUAUCAUACGACUUCCAUAACUAUAUGCUUCGAAGCAUGGAGGAAGAGUUUCGGGAUAUUGUUGGGAUAAGCAUCCCGCUAUGGAUUUUUGCCAUUUCGUGUGUUCUUCUUGGUUUUCAUGGUACAUAUAUAUACUUCUGGUUGUCGUUUCUUCCAGCAAUUUUCAUUGUCCUCGUGGGUACUAAACUACAUCGGAUAGUAAUAAAACUGGCUGUUGAAACCAAGAACACAAGUCAAAGUCAAACCACAGAAACGCAUCGAAUUAACUUGAGAGAUGAACUCUUUUGGUUCGGAAGACCGAGGCUUCUGUUACGAUUGAUACAAUUCAUCUCUUUUCAGAAUGCUUUUGAAAUGGCGACAUGUCUUUGGUCCUUGUGGGAGGUGAAUGAAACUUCUUGUUUUACAAAGGACCAUAGUGUUCUUAUGAUUCGCUUGACGUUUGGGAUUGUUUCACAGUUUUGGUGUAGUUUCAUCACAUUUCCUCUCUACGUUAUUGUUACUCAGAUGGGUUCUCAGUUCAAGAAAACGAUAGUGUCUGAAAACGUGAGAGAAUCAUUGCACACGUGGCGGAGGAGGGUGAAGGAGAAACACAGACAUGAUUCCACUUUCGCUCUCCUUCCAGCGACAUCAUCCACCAUGUCUUUAGACUCGAUGGUGGAUGAUGAUUAUGAUGAGAUUGUGCCAAUAUCAAGUCCAGAUGAUUUCUUCGAAGAAAGUCAAAGUCAAGUUCUUGAAGUUUCUACACAUGAUGAAAAUGCUCAAUUAGUUCCGGGUAGGGAUGAUGACAACGAUUGUGAUGAGAUAGAUAUUUCGUGUGAUUCAGAAAGAUUUGAACCCGUAAUUUUGAAGUCAUAGAAAUCUAGUAAUAUAUACAUACCAAGUUAUGGCAUUAUGUUUUUGUAUGGAUUCUUGUUGUGAAGAAAUACGAUAUGCGUCUAUUUUAUAACAA